AUGCCCAAGAAUCGAAAUCGACAAAGCAAUGGAAUUGCGAUUAGAGAUUUCUGGGACUCUGAAUAUGCGGCUCAACAAACGGUAGCCUCUCGUGGUCGUCAUUUACAUACACGCCGACAAGUGCGCCGCCAUGUCGACACUCUUGUUCUACGGCGUGCCUUUAUGCUUCAAAACUUUCAGUUCAUUUUGCGCGCGGACUUGCUGUGUAAGAAAGCCGAUCAAGUCCUUCCACAGGGACAACGCAAACUGAUGGAGUGCCUCAAUUCCUACGACAACCUGGUCCCGUGGGAUGCCGUUCACUCGGUAGUGAUGCGCACGACGCCUGAUGAUUUUGAGUGCCCUAUAUGUAUUAGCCCCCCUGUUGCCCCACGAAUCACGGAGUGUGGUCAUUUGUUCUGCAUGCCAUGUAUUUUACAGUACCUCAGCUUUCGCAAGGCUAACAACCUCCAGCGUUUGUGCCCAAUUUGUAACAGCGCGGUUGCCGGCUUCACGUUGAGGCCGUGUGUCCUACAAGUGGUCAGCCCACUGAAGGUGGGCAAUACCGUCCGGUUUGAUCUCUUUCGGAGAGAGCGCUAUAGGUGCAUGCUUCAUCGCCACGACGACCCUCAGUUGACCUCAGCUGGCCUUGCUCCGGCUGAAAACAAAGAUGGCGGUGGGAUUACUGCAAUUAAACAAGAAUUAAAAUUGUCGAAUUAUACGGAUCCGUACAGUUUGCAGUCUCGAUACGUUCUCACCACACCUGACUACGAGACCAGGCAAUGCUUUAUGGACGGUAUCGACAUUUCUGAUCGCCUCAAGGAAAUGAAUAAAUUGCUGCCGCAGCCGUUAUCGGAGUCUGAUAAGACCACAAUGCACUUUCUGCUUGAGGCCCUCAAUGAGACCACGAAGGAGCCAAAAGGGCUGUCACCAUCCUUGGCGCGCGAGUCACCACCCAUAGCACCACGUCCUCACGGAUCCAACAACACUCCCCAUAGUCAACAAAAGGAAGAUGAACACAAGGUGUACGAGCUGUACGCAGAGUCUGAUGGGCAACCGUACUAUCUGCAUAUGGUCUCGAUGAAAAUGCUAAAACACGAUGCAAAGCUUAGGAAUGCACCGCUGCCUGAGAGCAUCUCGGGAUCUGUCGAUGAAAUCAAAACCUUCGUGCAAGACGAGGAGACGCGCAGCAUUUAUAAGGUUUUUGCCCACGUACCCCUGCACGCUACCAUUAACCUCUGUCUUUUAGACUUGAGCAAGGUUGUGUGUCCAGAGACGAUGCGUGAGUUUGAGCCAACUCUCAACGAAUUAGCACGCCAGCGGCAUCAGAAAGAAAAGGCGGGUGAUAAAGCACGCUCCAUAGAAGAUGACGCUUCAUGGAAUCAGUAUUUGCAGAAAUACGUCAAAGAGCAUCCGUCGAGUCCGUUACCCUCAGAGUAUUGCUCGCACGAGACGGAUAGCAUACCGUUCCUUCGAUUACCAUCCACUGGAUCUGGAUGGAGUGAACAUGGUCUUUUACCAAGCACCCUUGACACUCGGCAGAGAGCCACCAAAAAGCAAGAGAACGAUAAUCUUUCUAGAACAACAGUUGAUGCGUCAGGUGGCUACUCCAGUCUUCACACAUAUGCCACAUACAGUUCGGAUAGUUUAACUAGCUGUUGGGGUAACGGAAGUGCUGAAAGACUUUUUAAGCCAAGUCACCAAACAUUCGUGACCAACACAGUGCCAGAUACUUUGACGUGCAACGAGUACAAACACUUGGGUGAGGGCACCACGGGACGGAAGUAG